AUGGAAGAAUUUAACGGGGUGGAGAUGAUGGUUGAAGAGUCCUUAGAUUUCCAAGAACCUUUUAAAAAUUCAGAUGCACAGAUCAUAGAGGAUGAUGUUCAACGCCAUAUUCCUGAUCCGCCUUUUUCAUCUAUGGAUAGAUGCACAAAAGAUGAGGAAGAAAUAUCAUACGACUAUAAAUUAAGAGCAGUCGAAUAUUGGAGAAGUGGAAAGAAGAAAAGUAUAAGUCUUGAGAGUGUUCAGCAAAAAUUCAGAAAAGUUCUUUCAGUAAAACAAUCAAGACGUUGGGCCCAUACUCAUCAUAAAUGCGGUACUUAUAGAGAAAAAGUUGCUAGGAUAUGUGACAUUACAUUAGAGAAUUUCAAAAAAGCAGUUGAUAACGGGCUAAUUAUUUAUGAUAAAGCUAUACGCAGGUGGGCAUUACAAGCACAACAAGAAAUUAGCCAUGAAGAUUUUGGCUUCCGCGCUUCUCAAGCAUGGCUUGCUAAAUUUAAAAGCAAACACAGAAUUAUUUCCAGAAAAGUAAACCGGAUAAUUUUGUAUAAAUACAAUAAUUAUUCCUUUUUCUUGGUGAUUAAGGUCUCUGCUAAGGUUUGCGAUGGAGGGCAUACAUGUUCUUCUCCUAAACAGUGUUGUUCUUUGGGUUGCUGCUACAACAUACUCCCACAAAUGCGUACAGCAGAAAUGUUCACGAUCCUGAUUUGGACUUACUGGACUGCUGCUGUAUUAGCAGCUUUAGCUGCUGGAGCAGCUUGCGGUUAUUGGCUUUGGAAAUGCCGUCGAUCCAGCAUAAAUGAAGAUUGUUCAUUAUCCGAAAGAGCCUCCUCUACUUCAUGUUACUUACCCCCUCAUUAUAGUAGAUGUAACUCGACCAUGCCACCUCCAUACAAUGAGGUGACAGCGAAACCAGAUUUAUAUCCACUUGUUAUUGGAUAUGAUGAUGGAUUUGCAAAAGGAGCUUCUGGUUUCGUGAUGCGAUAUUUCAGAUCACUUUCCCAUACAAGCACCCUGGAUUCUUUGAGUUCCAGUUUCAUGUGUAAUGUUGUAAACGAAGCAAAUACCAUAAUACCCCCGCCUUAUUCUUGCAACAGUAUUGAUGAACUAUCGAUAGCUGGUUGCGAAAGAGUAGGGCAUAUGGAUGAUUCAAUGGUGUCCCUAGCAAAUCAAAGAACUGUUUCGGACGUUUCAAGUCUUGCCGCACAGUCGCCGUCGUCUCCUCCACGAGCAACAAGUCCCACCUUAGAAUUACGAGAACUUUUGGAUAAAAUUCAACAACUUCCUCAAUUGCCAAGUGGGCACAGUCCACCUUUUCCGUCACAUCAGAACCAAAACCGGCCGAAGUUUCUUUACCCCUUCAAUAAUGAUGGUGCAAGCCUGCCUCAACCUCCGAGUCCCAGCGAAGCUGAUACAAACAAAAGUAGAAAGAAUCGGUACAUGCCUGUACCUCCAAGUGCAAGAAUUAAAGCAAAAAGUUGGUUUUCACGAUCCGCACCGACGACGCCAUCGGGCAUGAUGCCAAUGUCGUUCUUGCCAGGACAAAGCAGGAGGCCUUCCGAUUCCGCGAGCAAUAAUCAGCAAGUAGUUCCGCUGCUUUCCGAGCAAGACGAAACUGAGAACAAUUAUAUUGAUAAUACGUAAAGCAAAUGCAUAUCGUUAUUUCAUUUUAAAUUGUGUAUAAAAUUAUAAGACCUACACAGUAAAAAAUAAUGUUAUACGGAAACUAAUAUCAUUUUUAUAAUGAACAAACGAAAAUGAUAUCGAAAUCAAGAGCAUUUCAAUCGGCCGGAAUAGCAGAUCAAAAUGAACCGAACAGAACCAAGAGUCAAAUGAUCGCUGAUCAAAAUGUUCUGCAAUAAAAAUGAUUCAUUUUUUACUGUGUAGCUAUUGAGAAUAAUUAACUCUCUACUGUUUAUUGUUAAAGACGAGUUUUACUCCGAAGAAAGGAGGUAAUUGAAUCUGAGCGAAACCUGUAAGGACGAAUUUUGUUUGUUUUAUAAAUAUUUUUAAUGGAAGAUUUAUUAUGAAAAUCAAAACUUUUUUCUAAUUUAGGACGCUUGCAGGCCUAUAAUAAUAAUGAGAAGUUUGCUUAGAUCUAGCCACCAGAUCCUAAUUGCUUUAUUAUUAAAGUUGCCGACACAUUUUGUAGGUUGAAAUAUUGUUUUUUUAGGUUUUAUACGUUUGCUGGUAUUCGGUGAUCGUUAUGUCAGGUUACUUAUACUGUCUACACAGUUUUAAAUUUAGAGUUAGGAAAAGUUAUUGUCUUCGAACUUCGUGUUCAUGAAACUGAUGUAUAAUAUACUUACAAGUAUAUUUGCAAAAUAACUCUUAGGCCUCAAUUUUAACAAUAUUUGCAUCGAAUUUUAAUUAAAAAACUCUCCGUGUACAAAUUUUCUCGUGCAGUUAAAAAAAUCAGGAUCCGUGAA